UGACGUUGAAAAAAGGGUGGUCUAGUUUGGCCUCAAGUCAUAUUCAUCGUCAUCAUUUCUUUCUUCCGCUCUCAUAAAUAGAUCUUGCACUUGUAAAUUAUACGUAUAAAUCAAUCCUUAUCUUCACGAAUCUAAUUUCUCAAUCCCCUCCAAAUUAAUACUAUGAUAUUUUCCUCAUAAAUAAAAAGAAACAAUACCUAUUUGUAAGCUGCAUACAAAUACUUUUUUUAUUUUUUGUCACUUUUUUAUUUUUAAAACGCGAAUACUCGUUGACUACCUGAUGAACACAACAAACCCAUUUUGAUUCUGAAGAGAAGGGCAGUAAAGUAAGCUUGGGAUUGGUAGAUUUGUGUGGUUCAGAUUGUGUGUUCACUAUGAUGGUCUCAGGUUGCAUAUCUUAAAUGCUGCAUUAUGCUGAAGAUAAAUACCAGAACCAUAAUGAAGAUGAGGAACAAAUUCCGGAAACCAACUACUUUACGUUGCAAUGCAGGAAGCAGAUGCACAUUAUCGGUAAUCUUAUGGACCUUGGUUGGAUUCCUUAUUAUGUUUCAUCUUCGGUACAUGGUUCAGCACAGGGCUGUUCAAGGUGGUGAAGACAUUCAUUUGCAUACAAGUUACCACCCAGUAUUCCGGGAACUCGAAAAUGUCGAAGAGGAGUCUAUCAAAGUGCCACCUCCUAGAAAAAGAUCCCCACGGGCUGAGAAACGGAAGCCUAGGCGGCCAACAACCCUCAUUGAUGAGUUUCUUGAUGAGUCUUCCCAGAUUAGGCACAUAUUCUUUCCGUAUUUGAGAACUGCUAUAGACCCAAGGAAGGAUGCUGGCAACGAUAGCUUCUACUAUUAUCCUGGAAGAAUCUGGUUAGACACUGAUGGGAAUCCUAUUCAAGCUCAUGGAGGCGGCAUUCUGUAUGAUGAGAUGACUGGGACAUAUUAUUGGUAUGGAGAAUAUAAAGACGGCCCUACUUACCAUGCUCAUAAGAGGGGAGCUGCACGGGUUGAUAUUAUUGGUGUCGGUUGCUAUUCUUCAAAGGAUCUGUGGACAUGGAAACACGAGGGCAUAGUACUGCCAGCAGAAGAAACAGAUGAGAACCAUGAUCUUCACAAAUCCAAUGUACUGGAGAGGCCAAAGGUUAUCUUCAAUAAGCAGACAAGUAAAUACGUGAUGUGGAUGCAUAUUGACGAUGUCAAUUACACUAAGGCCUCGGUUGGUGUUGCCGUCAGUGAUUCACCUAUUGGUCCAUUUGAAUAUCUUUACAGCAAACAGCCCCAUGGAUUUGAUAGCAGGGACAUGACAAUUUUCAAGGACGACGAUGGCAUGGCUUAUCUCAUAUACUCCUCUGACGACAAUAGUGAGCUCCAUAUUGGACCACUAAGUUCAAAUUACCUUGAUGUCACACAUGUUGUGGUAAAGGCUCUCGUUGGACAACGGAGAGAAGCACCAGCGCUCUUCAAGCACGAAGGAACUUAUUACAUGAUCACAUCAGGAUGCAGUGGUUGGGCACCAAACGAAGCGCUUGCUCAUGCAGCAGGAUCAAUUUAUGGGCCUUGGGAAAUCAUGGGAAAUCCCUGCAUGGGAGGUAACAAAGUUUUUCAGCUGACUACAUUCUUUUCUCAGAGCACAUUUGUGCUUCCUGUUCCAGGGGUUCCUGGUUUAUUUAUAUUUAUGGCUGAUCGGUGGAAUCCCGCUGACUUGAGGGAUUCAAGAUAUGUUUGGUUACCGCUAACAGUUGGUGGAGCAGUGGAUCGGCCUCUUGAUUAUAAUUUUGGGUUUCCAUUGUGGUCCAGAGUGUCCAUCUAUUGGCACAAAAAAUGGAGACUGCCUUCGAUGUGGACUGCAGUCAGCGGACAAAAAUGAACCUAAUGGUUUUCUGUAGAGCUUUGAUGGUAAAUAUUGCCCUGGUCCUUGUGAUUAUAUUGAUAAUCAUAGCAUUCUUGUGUUGCUCAUGACAAAAUAAAUAGAUAAUAGGGUGUUGAAUGUGGAGUUCCGGGUAACAGAUGUAGUUCUCAUUACCUGAGUCAUGUUAUAUACUAGGAUAUUGAAAGGAGUUUUUCUUACAAUUUAAAUUUUUGGAGUCGCAGUAAAGAUAUUUACAACAAACCUCUAAUCUUUGUGUUUAGUUUU